UGCGGGCUGUGGUUCCUUUCCUUCCCUCCCCUUUUCUCUUCAGUGCGUCUCGGUUUUGCCACCAUUUUGUGCUGCAACUGCGGCUUUUCGCCGUUGUUUUUAUCCUGCUUUGCUCCGUGCGUGGGAGUAGAAACAACGGCCCCAUGGCGGAGAGUCAGUCAGCGGCCGGGCAGGGAGAAUCAGCGUCCCUGAGUGGGUCUGGAGCCUCCUGUUCGGAGUCUGAAAACCGGCGGCGGCUGAGCGAGCUGCGCGUCAUAGACUUGCGGGCUGAACUCAAGCGCCGCAAUUUGGACAGCGGUGGCAACAAGAGCGUCCUCAUGGAGCGACUCAGGAAGGCUAUUGAGGAGGAAGGGGGGAAUCCUGAUGAAAUUCCCGUGGUUUCAGAAAAUAUCAUGAAGAAAACUCCAAAAAGAAGCAGCAAAGGACGUAGACCAGAUGAAGAGGGAGUAGAAGAUAAUGGCCUGGAAGAGGAUUCAGGAGAUGGACAGGAGGAUAUUGAAGCAAGUUUGGAUAACUUGCAGGAUAUUGACAUGAUGGAUAUUAGUGUGUUAGAUGAAGCUGAAAUAGAUAAUGGCAAUGUGGUAGAUUGCGGAGAGGAUUACAGUGCUGAUAAUAUUCUUGACUCACUGUCUGAUAGUAAAGAAAAUGCUGAUGCAGAAGUGAAAGAACUUCCAGAUCAGCCUACAGAAUAUGCUGUAGGUAACUUGGAGGCAUCCCCACAAUUUUCAGAAAUUAAAGAAGAAUCAAGAGAAAUACCAGUAGUGAUGGUAGAGGUUGAAGAUGUUGGAAACAGUUUAGAUGCUUCUUCAUCUGAUUUAAACGUAAUAAAGGAAUUUGAAGAGUUACCUUUGGAGCCAG